GAAAAACGAAGUAAACUUGAAUAUUCAGCCCUUGAUACUUCGCAAAAUAUAUAUUUCUACCACCAGGAGAGACAAAGUACCCAAAACAAAAACUUCAAUAAAUAUUAUCCAUUUAGCCAAGCAAGUGAUCAUGUAGUCAACAUGAAAAAUACUGAGAUAUUUUUGUCUUAAAUCACCUAGAGUAGGAGGGGAACAGGCAAACAGCACAAGUAAUAAUGAAUAAAAGCAAUGAUAUAUGACUGUAACUUCUUGGCCCUGGGCCUUUUUUGAUUCACUAACAUCAUUUCUUAAUGUGCAAAAGAUCUUGAGCUUCAAAAUUGGAGAGAAUGGAUGCAGUUAAGGUCACCUUGUUUCAGGGAGGACAUCAUCAUAAUUCUCCAACUUGGGUUCCUUGGGAGUUUAUUAAUAUACCUUUUACAGAAAAUAUUGAGAGAAUCAUGCAUACAGAGAUCAAAAAGCACACAGAAAGGAGCACAAAUAUACUCCUCUGGUGUAAGACUCAGCCUCUCUUACAAAGCCAAUAUAGGCUGCUCUAUUUUGCUAUUUGGAAGCCACUUUCUUAUGCUUCUAAUGCUUCUGAAUGGAAAUCGAAUUCGUUGCAAAUCCACAAUGUCAUAUUUUUUGGCAGAAACCAUGCAAACAAUUUCAUGGAUGAUUACAUUAAUUGCACUUGUCAAUAUUUCAAGAGCAAGGUCCUUGAAGCUUCCUUUGACUCUGAGAGGAUGGUGGGUAUACAGCUUCUUGCAAUCAGUUAUCUGUACUUCUCUUGAUAUCAACUACAUUCUUACAGACCAAAGGUCCCCCAGAAUAGGAGAUUAUGUCAACUUCCUUGGUCUAUUUGCCUCCAUCUACCUGUUGGGAAUUUCAAUUAAAGGGACCACAGGAAUCUACUUCUUUGAAAAUGACAUCACAGACGCACUUCUCAACGGGACAACUGAAAAACACGCAGAAGGAAAUAGGAAAUCUCCAUAUGGAAGUGCUACUCUUCUCCAACUAAUUACGUUCUCAUGGCUUAACCCACUGUUUGCAGUUGGGGUCAAGAAAUCCCUUGAACAGGAUGAGAUUCCUGAUGUUGACAUUAAGGACUCUGCAGGAUUCCUUUCUCAUUCUUUUGAUGACAGCCUAAACUGUGUCAAGGAGAGGGAUAGCACCACAGAUCCAUCCAUCUACAAGGCAAUCUUUCUGUUUAUCAGUAAGAAAGCAACGAUAAAUGCAAUCUUUGCAGUGAUCAGUGCUGGAACAUCAUAUGUUGGCCCAUACUUGAUUGACGACUUUGUGAAGUUUCUAAAUGAGAGAAAAGAACGCAGCUUGAGGAGUGGAUACCUUCUAGCAUUGGCUUUUCUAGGUGCCAAAAUGAUUGAGACCAUGUCCCAGAGGCAAUGGAUCUUUGGGGCUCGCCAGUUAGUUCUUCGAUUGAGAGUAGCCCUGAUAUCCCAAAUUUAUAAGAAGGGUCUACACCUAUCAAGUCAAUCCCGACAAAGCCAUACUAGUGGAGAGAUCAUUAACUAUAUGAGUGUGGAUGUUCAACGUAUCACAGACUUCAUGUGGCACUUGAACAUAAUUUGGAUGUUGCCAAUACAAAUUUCCCUAGCAAUCUACAUUUUAAAUAUGAACCUUGGUCCUGCAUCAUUAGCUGCAUUAGCGGCAACAACAAUUGUAAUGGCAUGCAACAUACCCAUUGCAAGGAUCCAGAAAAAGUUCCAGUGCAAGAUAAUGGACUCCAAGGAUGACCGGAUGAAAGCCAUGUCAGAGGUUCUCCGAAACAUGAAAACUCUGAAACUUCAGGCCUGGGACGCUCAGUACCUACACAAGCUUGAAAGCUUGAGAAAAACCGAGUACAGCUGGCUAUGGAAAUCACUAAGGUUGUCAGCAAUAUCAGCUUUUAUCUUCUGGGGAUCCCCCACCUUCAUCUCAGUAGUGACCUUAGGGGCAUGUAUUUUAAUGGGUAUCCCACUCACAGCAGGGAGAGUUUUAUCUGCAUUGGCAACCUUCAGAAUGUUACAGGACCCUAUCUUCAAUCUACCCGACUUAUUGUCAGUGGUCACACAAGCCAAAGUUUCAGCUGAUCGAGUUGCAUCAUACCUCCAAGAAGAUGAGAUUCAAAUAGAUACAGUAGUAUUUUGUCCAAAAGAUGAAACAGAGUUUGAGAUAGAAAUCAGUACUGGAAAUUUCAGCUGGAAUCCAGAGUCAGAAAGAUCAACACUGAAAGGAAUAGAGUUGAAAGUGAAGAGAGGAAUGAAAGUGGCAAUUUGUGGGACUGUUGGAUCAGGGAAGUCUAGUUUGCUGUCAUGCAUACUUGGAGAAAUACCAAAGCUGUCAGGAAUGGUGAAGGUCAGUGGAACAAGGGCUUAUGUUCCUCAGUCUCCAUGGAUAUUGACAGGAAAUAUAAGAGAAAAUAUUCUUUUUGGAAAUGCAUAUGACAGUGCCAAGUAUGAAAGAACAGUUAAAGCAUGUUCUUUGAUGAAGGAUUUUGAGCUCUUCUCUUGUGGUGACCUUACAGAGAUUGGAGAAAGAGGUAUUAAUAUGAGUGGAGGCCAGAAGCAAAGAAUACAAAUUGCCCGUGCAGUCUACCAGGAUGCUGAUAUAUAUCUUCUUGAUGACCCCUUCAGCGCUGUUGAUGCUCAUACAGGCACUGAACUCUUCCAGGACUGCCUGAUGGGGAUCCUCAAAGAUAAAACAGUACUUUAUGUCACCCACCAGGUCGAGUUUCUUCCAGCAGCAGACCUCAUUCUGGUGGUGCAAGAUGGAAGGAUCACACAAGCUGGAAGGUUUGAAGAACUUCUAAAGCAGAAUACCGGAUUUGAAGUCUUAGUUGGUGCACAUGGCCAAGCUCUAGAAUCAAUCCUCACAGUUGAAAAUUCAAGUAGAACAUCUAAAAGACCUAUAUCUGAUAGUGAAGCUGAGGUAGACCACACCAUCAUAAAUGCAGAAAUUACUAGGCAUGAAUCUGACCAUAAUCUCUCCCCAGAGAUAACAGACAAAACGGGAAGAUUGAUGCAGGAUGAAGAGAGAGGAAAAGGAAGCAUCGGGAAAGAAGUUUACUGGUCAUAUUUAACUGCAGCACGUCGUGGGGCCUUAAUCCCAAUCAUACUCUUGGCACAGUCACUCUUCCAAGUGUUACAGAUAGCCAGCAACUACUGGAUGGCAUGGGCUUCUCCUCCUACAAGUGGGACUGAGCCAGUUGUGAAGAUGAACAUUCUCUUCCUUGUUUAUAUACUUUUAUCUGUUGGGAGUUCACUUUGUGUGCUGAUCCGAGCCUUGUUAGUAGCAAUAGCUGGCCUAGUGACGUCCCAAAAAUUUUUCAUUAAUAUGCUCCAUAGUGUACUUCGAGCUCCAAUGUCUUUCUUUGAUUCAACCCCAACUGGAAGGAUUUUAAACCGGGCAUCUAUGGACCAAAGUGUGCUAGACUUGGAAAUAGCAGGCAACUUAGGAUGGUGUGCCUUCUCAAUAAUACAAAUCCUAGGGACCAUCACAGUCAUGUCACAGGUGGCAUGGCAAGUAUUUGCCCUCUUUAUUCCAGUAACUGCGAUCUGCAUAUGGUAUCAACGAUACUAUAUACCAACUGGAAGAGAAUUGGCUCGCUUAGCUGGAAUUGAAGGAGCUCCGAUUCUCCACCAUUUUGCAGAAUCACUUGCAGGAGCUGCGACAAUCCGUGCUUUUGACCAAGAAGACCGCUUCCUUGAAGCAAACCUCAGCCUUAUUGAUAACCACUCAAGGCCAUGGUUUCAUAAUGUGUCAGCAAUGGAAUGGCUUUCCUUCAGAUUGAACAUGCUAUCCAAUCUUGUGUUUGCAUUUUCAUUAGUUUUGCUUGUGAGCCUCCCAGAAGGAAUUAUCAAUCCAAGUAUUGCAGGGUUAGCUGUGACAUAUGGGUUGAAUCUGAAUGUUCUGCAAGCCUCUGUUAUAUGGAACAUGUGCAAUGCAGAAAAUAAAAUGAUCUCAGUAGAAAGAAUUCUGCAGUAUUCAAAAAUUACUAGUGAAGCUCCCUUGAUAAUUGAAGAAUGUAGACCACCAAGCAACUGGCCACAAGCUGGAACAAUUUGCUUCAAAAAUUUGCAGAUCCGAUAUGCAGAGCAUCUUCCAUCUGUCUUAAAAAACAUUACCUGCAAGUUUCCAGGAAGAAAGAAGGUUGGUGUUGUGGGACGGACAGGCAGUGGGAAAUCUACUCUCAUUCAGGCCAUAUUCCGAAUUGUGGAACCCAGAGAAGGAACCAUUGAAAUUGAUGAUGUAGACAUUUGCAAGAUAGGCCUUCAUGACUUGAGAUCCAGACUUAGCAUCAUCCCACAGGACCCAACAAUGUUCGAGGGAACAGUGAGAGGAAACCUUGACCCUUUAGAGAAGUAUUCUGACAAUGAAGUAUGGAAGGUCCUUGAUAAAUGUCAACUUGGUGAUAUAAUACGUGCAAAGAAAGAGAAAUUGGACACCACAGUGGUUGAAAAUGGAGAAAACUGGAGUGUGGGGCAGAGACAGCUUUUCUGUCUUGGAAGAGCCUUAUUAAAGAAAAGCAGCAUCCUUGUUCUAGAUGAAGCCACAGCCUCAGUUGAUUCCGCAACUGAUGGUUUGAUCCAGAAGAUCAUACGCCAGGAGUUCAAAAACUGCACAGUUAUUACCAUAGCUCACAGAAUCCACACAGUUAUAGAUAGCGAUCUUGUUCUGGUCCUGAGUGAAGGAACGGUUGUGGAGUAUGAUACCCCAGCCAAGCUUCUGGAAAGAGAGGAUUCAUUUUUCUCAAAGCUUAUAAAGGAAUAUUCGUUGAGAUCACAGAGCUUCAACAGUUUUGCAAACUUACAAAAUACUUGUUGUAACACAAACCUGGAAAUCUCAAACAUCCAGUAUUCCUCAAUACCAAAAGAUAUGACCAAGGUCACUGAUUCUUCAUCUCUGCUUCAGCCCUACUAA